AUGACCUGUAAAGAUAACCAGGACAAAAAGAUUAUGUGUCCGAGGCCAUUGUCUGUUUCAAGACCGUUGAAAAGUCAAAGAAAGGAAACUCACAAGUCACAACAAACUGUAAAAGUCCCAACAAGAAGAACAAGUCUGUAUGUAAUUCCCUAAUUCAAAGCCUGAACCAUUCACACAAAAAAAUGGCGACUUUACAAGCUUCGUGUAUGUUAUUAUCAUCCUCCAGUGCUACUACUUCAACUUCAUUGAAGAGGCAUAACUCAGGGAUUGUUAAUGCAACAAUGAAUGCUAAUCUAUAUCAUCCAAAGCUUCAAAACAUUUCUUUUGCGCUGGAGGAGCUAAACAUGGGAGAGGAUUACAGUAUUGCAACUAAAGAACUACCCAAGCCGUUUAUUAGUGGAGGUGGUUGUGAUAAUCAGAUGCUGAUUACAGAGAAGCUUCAUGUGAUCAAGGAAGCUGUUGCGGACAGAGUGGAGAUGCAUAGAAAUAUUGGUGAACAAAGAGAUGAUUGGAACCAACUAUUGUUGAAUUCCAUCAAUGCUAUCACUCUCACAGCUGCAACCAUGACUGGUUUGGCUGGUGCAGUUAUUGCAGGAGGAUCAUCUGAGGCUCUCAAGGUUUCAUCUACAGUACUUUAUGCAGCAGCUACUGGAAUGCUAAUUAUCAUGAACAAGAUCCAACCUUCACAACUUGCAGAAGAGCAGAGAAAUGCUGGUAGGCUCUUCAAGAAACUUCAUUCACGGAUUCAAACAAUGUUAUCUAUUGGAAAUCCUACAAUGACUGAUGUGGAUGAUGCAAUUGAGAAAGUCUUGGCACUUGACAGGGCAUACCCACUUCCUUUAUUAGGAGCUAUGUUGGAGAAAUUCCCAUCAAAUGUAGAGCCAGCAGUGUGGUGGCCACCACAGCAGAGACAAAAACAAAGGCCUUUUUCCAAAUUUGGCAAUAAUGGUUGGAGUAGGAAGAUUGAGAAUGAAAUGAGAGAAGUUGUUGGUGUUUUGAAGAGGAAUGACAAGGAAGAUUACUUGAGAUUGGCAGAGAAAGCUCUGAAACUUAAUAGGGUAUUAGCCAUUUCUGGUCCAUUGUUAACAGGGCUAGCCACUUUUGGGUCUGCAUUUGUGGGUCAUGGUUCAUGGGCUGUGAUUGUGGGAGUUGUAGGAGGAGCAAUGGCUAGUGUUGUGAAUGCUAUAGAGCAUGGUGGACAAGUUGGGAUGUUGUUUGAAAUGUACAGAGGCAAUGCUGGUUUCUUCAAGCUCAUGGAGGAGACAAUAGAGUCAAACUUAAUUGAAAAAGAUGUUGAAAGAAGAGAAAAUGGAGAUUUGUUGGAGUUACAGGUGGCUCUGCAGUUGGGGAGGAGCCUAUCAGAACUCAGAGACCUUGCAACAUCUUCUUCUACAGAGACCUCUCAAGAGUUUGCAACAUCUUCUUGUACAGACACCACUCAAGAGUUUGCAAGCAAACUCUUCUAAUUCUUUCUGGUUCAGUAAUUAUCCUUAAUUAAUUAUUAAUUAACCUUCUUAACUGUAUAUAAUUCAUGUAACUUAAAUUUGUUCAUUCUUCAUUUAUAA